ACUGCCUGUUGUUUACCAAAGUGCCGCCUGUGGCCAGGCCGCCCGUAGACGUAUCGUCUGUCGACGCAGUUGUUGUUGUUCCAACCACGCCUGUCUGCUACUGCAUUUUUGUCUGCGACCGCUCUCACCAUCGGCUGCUCGGGCUAAAGUUAAAGUUGGCCGUUAGCUGUGCUGGUGGUGUUCGCAGUGGGGAGGUGCAUUUUCGCCUUGCUCUUUCCGGUUAUUGUUGGACUCUCGAGGUGGAUAUGCUGCUGCGUAUAGUAGUAGCAGCAGCAUUGGCCCGUCAGUGGUGCAGACGGUGCUGCUGUCGGUGAUCAGCCCCGUCCGUCCGUCCGUCCGUCCAUCGGCUCGCACGCCCUUUCGUUUGUCAGCCGCUAGCGCACCACCGUCGCAUUCUCCUAGUUAACUGGCUAGUUGAUUUGUGGGUCGGCCGGUGGGUCGGGGUCUGUGUUGUGCCGCGGCGAUGGUUGUCGUCGUUGGUGUGGCGUCAUCAUCAACCAUCGCUGUACCGAGCAGUAGUUAUUGUAGCAAUUCUGGUAGUACUGGUGAUAAUAUCUAAAGGUGGGAGCGGGUGUGCGUGUAAGCGAGCACCAGCAGUAGAGAAGCGCCUGCAAGGCGCUCAGGACCAAAAGCGGGGCGGCUGCUACGUCCGUUUCUGAAGCAAUCAACGACGACGACGACAACGUCGGGCGCUGCUGAGACCGCACGAGAACGAAGCCAAGAGAAGUCAAUUCAAGACCCGCAGCGAGGACCGAGCUGACUCAAGUGGAGUUCACUUUUGGUUGCGCAUAAUGGACAGACGGAACUAGCCCAUUUUACGGGACUGUGGUGCGACCUAUGGUUUAGCGUACCCCCUGCGUGUGGUUUCCCAGAACGGCUACACUAAGCACAGAGCUCCGGAGUGCUAUCAUACAAGAUCGUUCACAGGGUCGGAGUCAAACGGAGGUGACGAAAAGACACAAAGGAAAGAGGGUGGCGUUUUCUUGCAACAAGCAACUGUGGUUGGGCUGUCACUUGAAACAGCCCCACAAGCGUACGUCAAGUUUGCUGUCUACGUUGAUCGAAGGGAGCUUUGUGCAAAUCAACCGCGAGACAGCGGCCUAGAACCCAAAAAUAAGAACCCAGUGCCAUAUAGUGCCAACGUGAGUGAACGGGACGUCCUACUUGUUUGGCAGUCCUUCAUACAUCAUUCGGUAGACGAAAAAGAACAGCGACUGCGCGUGUGGGUGUAUGUGGCUGUUUGCUCACUGUGUGCUGUUCCGUGGUCAUAAACGGAUAGCGUAAUAGUGAUUGACCAUUGCGAGUUGUAGUAGCAUUGAUAGUUGUGGCUGCAGUAUUCAAUAUUGGCACCGAUAUUCGAGGAGCUUGUGGGUGCGCGUUCCAGUGUCCUCCAGCUGAUAUAAAGCGACAGCUAUUGUAACGGCUUGUAUGAGUGAACGAACAAGUUAAGUAGGCUGACCGUAGUGUGACACUGCUGCGCACUGUACUCAGCAAUCUUCUAGGCUCAGAAGAGUUCAGACUUAGGCGCAGGUGACUCUCUAAGCUAAUGAAAGGCAGCAGUUAGGUGUGGCGGUGUUAUGGUGAAAGCUGGAGCCGCCCGUGCGGCCAGGAUGCCGCAGAGCUAGUCUUGCGUUUCGCGGCAGAAGAGGAGCGCUGACCUAGCACGGGUCAGCGGCGGAACCAACUGUAAUCAGGCGUCGGAGCCGCAUCUGUACGAACCAAUACGAUUUAAAACGUCAAGCACCGAUUACUACGGCAUCGUCGUGAGCAGCAAAAACGAGCUCGCAGCAGAGUAAAGAUUAAUAGUAGGCGAGGUCAUUUGAGGGCCCAGCGGCAUCCGCUCAUCUACAAGCUAUCUUAGAGUAACAACAUAAUGGGAGCCAAUUGUUCAUCUGCUCAGAAGAAGAAGCGUUCCGGGAGUGGAGAUGGAGAGACUGCUGGCGCAGGAGGCCGACGAGCCUCAUCCGAGUCUGUUCCAUACGGCGACGUGGCGGCCACGGGAGGUGGUGGCCAGGGGAGCACUGGACCAGGCCACCAAAACAACACCAAGCAGAGAACGUCACAGCCAACUUCUGCUGCAGUCCAGCAUUCACACGGCAUAUCAGCCGCACCUCCUCCGGCGCAGCCGCCGUUUGGUCCCACCGACGACGAACUAGUAGCUCAGAGCAUUUUUCCCGAGGCGGUGUGGCAUCUACUGAGGGGUCGCAAGCCAUGUCAGUUUGGACAACAAUUCAGCGCGAACGCGGGUGCAGUUGGUGGAGCGGCCGUCGAACAGCUUUUUGCCAAUAUUUCGAAACAGGUUACCAUCUACACGAUUUCUACUAGCGAUUGGUUGCCGGAGAGGAAACACCUGAUGGAAAAUGUCUUUGAGGACGUACGAGAAUUCGCACAGAGGAUAGGGUAUGCACUCAACUUCGUUGACCUCUGUUGGGCACUCAACUACCGGAAAAUCCCGCAUGCUAAGGUGGAAGCUUUAUCCCGGAUGACAAUCAAUCGGCUUAAAAAUCAGGGAAAGCUUGUAGCGCUAGUUCUUUUGGAUGAGAGAGCACAUCGACUCCAGUAUACUUUACCGCCUGAACUUCCAGAGGACGUGUUUAAUGCCCUGUUGGCUAACUGUCCUGAACACGCCCCGGUUGUACAAAGGUUCUACAAAAUUAGCUCUGAAGGAAGUGAAAAAACAAUGGCACGAUUGUUUGAGCCUCGUGUCGAUGAUAUCACGAAUGAGCUUCAUACACAACUGGUGGAGGCCUUUUUGGCCGGAUUGAGCCCUGCUAUGAAAGACAAGUACCUCGUCUCUCUUAUCGAGAGCGAACUGAAGGCCACCGUAUUUACUCCAUCCGAUUUGAGUACGGCUGGCGAGGACAUGGAUAGUCUUAGAGGUAAACAUGCGAUUUGGUUAGAGCGAAGAAUCUAUGGGGUUUCUCAAACAACAGAUGGAGCUUGUAGUCAGGAGCGACAAAAGAGCUCUGAUUCGAACGGUGCGUCGGCUGAAAACGAUACGGAUGGAUGGCAGGCUAAGCGGUACAACCACCUGAGAGGCCUGCUGGAGGACAAUUUGACUUCUGCCCAAAAGCUGAUUAUUCGAACAAGUAAGAAUAAUCCUGGCUACUAUAGCGAGCUUGCGAAAAUCGUACGAGAAGCUCUCGAAGAACUCAUCAAAGGGGUCCGCGACGAAGAUCUAGAAGUUGAGGCCAGCUCUCCUGCACGAGGAGUACCAGAUUCGUUAUAUCUCGAACUGUGUGAACAAUCUCGACUGAAGGAGGUGUUAUUACGCCAAGAAGAGAUGACAACUGGAGAAGCAGAGUUCUGCAAACUUUUUUCUCAGAGGUUGGCUUGUGGCAAACUAUUUAUUGUGCACUCGAAUAAAAACGUAAGCCAUAUGGCUGCGCAAAUAAUAGAAGCAAUGACAAGCUCGUCAGCCUCCGAUGGCGAAUCUCUCCUGAAGCCUCGCGCUAUCCUCUACCGUUUCUGUAAUCGUACAGUGAAUUCAUCCAAUGUUGAAAGAAUCGUGCGCUCGCUUCAGGAACAGCUAUGCUUUCUAACAGGCAGAAGCGCGAGCGAGGGCAGUUUGAGCUUUGAGGAACAUCGAAUGAGGGGACACCCUUUUACGCCACCAAAGCCAGCUGGCAACGAAAUGGACAAGAAGACUAACUGUCAGGAAUACGUCUUUCUUCUUGAUGCGCAAUAUGGUGAUAAUCUUGGCGGGCUAUGUGACCUUAUACCUGAAACACUCGCAUCAAAUGUCGCUGUAAUUAUACUGGCACAUUCCGGAAGCACAAUGUGUGAUCGACUAAAGGCUGUUGGAAAUUUAGACAAGUCACUUGUGGAGCUGCAAGAAUCAGUAAAAAUGGACCCUGAGAUGGAAGAGGCACCUGUAUUCGAUAUUGAUGAACUUAUCUCUGCUGAGGCGCAAGCAAUGUUCGAGGGAGUGCUGGCUUGCUCUCGUUACGGUUUGAUGGAGAGAGAUAUUAUGGACCUUUUAUCGACUAAGCCGUCAUACUUCAGGAAUAAUUGUCCUCUAAUUGACGCUAUGCAGGCGAGUGACUGCCGACAUGCUCCAUAUGCGAUUUGGGCAGUUUUCGCCGCCGUGAACCAGCGACGUCUGAUCGUGCAGAACCAUGCUGGGCGAGUUAUCUACUCGCUACUUGGGGUUGCUAGCGGUGGCUUGGCCGCUAAAUGGCAUGACGUCCUGUUUGAUUUCUUUGACCGGCACUGGAACAAGGAAUGUUCUGUGCUUGUACAGGAUGAACUGGCUUUUCAAAAGAUACGUAACAACAAAAUGGUUCCGAACACAUACUAUGAUUUGGACUAUCUCUCUAAACGUCUAUCGUUGGAGUUUUCGGAUCCGUAUGCUGUUCUGGAGGAGCUCCGCCUAGUGAACGAUCGGACGCUUCGCUCUGUUCUUGAGCAUGCCGCAUUCGCACUGCGUUAUGAUGCAGCUCAACUCUUUGCGCAACUGACCGAACACGUGUGGUCUGCUAAGGACGAAGGCGAUAAAUUUGACAGGCUUAAAUCGUUGCUUCUUCAUGCGGAUAGAUGGCGUUCGCGAGUUGGCACGUUCAUCCCGCUAGAUUCCAUAAGCUCGUUAGCAUUCGGAGAUAGUCCUGCCAAGUUGGGACCAGAGAUUGACAGCAGGGCUAAGAAACUGAGCAAUCUUUACGUGAUGAAAGGAGACAGCAUCCAUCUCGUAUCUACUUCUGAGGAUGCCGCCGAAAUCUGUGUUUGGAAUGCAAUUCAACAGAAAGCCGUACGAAGAAUAUACGGUCUGAACCAACCACGCGAGCUUCGACUGAUCGAUAAUCGGCGUGUACUGGUGCUGUGCAACAGAGAGUUGCGUGUCUACGAUUUGGAUGCAGGACAUUUACUGGUCAAACUCAAAGGCGUGAUGCAUCAACAAAUGGCCUUUUUUGGCCUACACUCACCAGAUUACGUAGUUGCACUGUCACGUAACCGAAUGUAUGUCAACAUGAUGAACUUACAGAGUGGCGACCUUGAAACUACUUUUAAGGUCGGAGAAGAUCGUUUCUUGAACAGUUUAUUAGUGUCAGCAAACGGACGUAUUUGCGUUUGUGGCGACGAGACUCAAAAGCCAUUUCCUUUGCUAGUAUGGGACUUGGAUAAACGAAAACUUCUCUACGAUCUGCGGAUAGCACAUCACGAGUUUCUGACCCGAUUGUCCGCCAUUUCGUCUGACGGCCACUAUGUAGUAUGCGUUUGCCGAGAGUUGGCUGACGGCGCGCCCAACUUUAUCAUUGUCUACGAUUUACAAAGUGGAACAUUAUUCAAGAAGUGGAAGCCACAGCGGAGUUCUGUAAGCAUCGCGGUAUCAUCAGCCGCAUCACUUGUUCUCAAUGGACUUGAUAACGCCUUACUUGUCGUAUGGGAUCUUGGCACCGGACAAAGGAAAUACACUCUGAAAGGACACACUGCCCCUGUUGAUGAAAUUCGGCUUGAGCCGGAGAUGGGACGGCGAGCGUUAACGUACAGCUCCUACCAGCACAUUGAUGGGAGUGUUCGAGUAUGGGACGUUGAUAAGGGAGUCUGUUUAGCUGUGUACACGCCAUCGUUGCCUGUACUCUGUGGCCAGAUUCUUCCCGGUGGGGAAGCCUGCGUCCUGGCUCUGGACGGCCGGGAUAGGCUUGUCGCGUGCGCGCUUCUUGAGAGAUCAAAGGCCGGUGCCAUAAGAGAGGCGUUCCAAAAACUCACUAACGCUGCCAAUAAACAAGUCUACGGUACCGAAGCCAAGUACGGACUAGAAGUCGAGCUCAAGGACGCCUAAUUUAGAAAAUAAUCAUACGGUGAAUUAUAAUAAUACUGUUAUUAAUGAUAGCAAUAUGCCUGACGUUAACCUGGCAUCUCUGUGAAAGGCUGUCUGAGCUAACAUGAUCAGACACUAACCGUAAAGCGCUGCCAACUUAGGACAAAGCAGGCAAUAUGAGCCUUCUAGAAUUUCGUCCGCCCUGCCAUCCCUAAUAACAACAAUAGUAUGAUGAUGAUAAUUACAAAAAAAAGAAUCUUAGUUGCUAUAAUGAGAGAGAGAGAGAGAGAGAGAGAGAGAGAGAAAAUGAGGAAGUGCGAGAUAACUGGAAAUGCCGGAAAUACAGGUUGCGAAAGCUCUACAUUGCGGGAAAUAUAUACAGCGAAUUGGAUUGCUGACAGCACAUCGAUCUGAAAAAUAUUAUAUAUGUAACUAGCCAUAGAUAUUAUGUAAAGGAAGGCAACAAAGCCUUACGAAUAGUGAAAUCCAGGCGUUCAUCGAUAGUGAUCGAUGGAGCAAAAAAGAAUUUGCACAGAACAUGGGAAUUAAGAUUAUUUAAAAAAAAAACAUGUUAUAUCACUAAUCAUGAAUAUAAAGCGUAUGGUCCAGAUCCGGUAAUCUUCUACACAUAAAAAGAUAAUGCAUAACUAUGGUAUGGAUCUGACAUGUGCAGAUCCCUGUGGCCUGCCCUCUCACUGCGAAGGAAAGUUUCAGGCGGUCGUUGUGGGAUGGCCAGUUCAUUGGAAAAAAAUACUGAUGGGACAAACAGAAAUUCCGUGUACAGGCCUUUGCACCCAGAGAGCAUAGAACGAUAUCUCCUUGUGGGAACAGAUCUUAGCCUAAAAGCCACCUAGGUUAUUCAUUCUUCCAAACUCAAGUUUAAACCAUGCAUAGGCGUUGUAUAGAAUUUUUUACAUGACUUCGAAUCUUGCAUACCUAUAUACAUACAGACUAAACAUAAGGAACCAGAGAGCAACGAUAAAUCUUUGCUUGGUACUGUCUGAAGUGUUAGGAUUUAUUAUUAGUAUUAGUACGUUAACAAACCCUUUGAGUCAAGAUCGGCUGUAACGCAAUAAUGGCAAAGUUAUAUUAAAUUAACUUUCUAACCAUAGGGUAAAAUACGGAACUUAAUAUUUACUAUCGUCAUGGUGGCAUAUUGUUUAAUGCGUUCAAAAAUGUGUUAGAUACUAAAAGCAAGAUAGUACAGCCAAAGUGAUUGGUGACGCACCAUAAUACUCCCCUGGCUGUAAAGCACAAAGUCCGCAUUAAGGACGAUUACCUGGCGCCUGUAGAAGUCAAUCUGAAGCUGUUUUUUGUGUCUGAGUCGGAAAAAAAUGUGUGUGUGUUUUUAAUUAAAAAUUAAAUUAAAAAGCCCAUCGUUCGCGCAGAUACAUCAUGGAAUCUCCGAUAUCGUUAGCCGUAGCGGAAUAAUUUCGGGAAAUACCUUUCACUCUUGAGUAUGAAUUUGAGUGAGGAUGAUCACUUUGAGUAGCGGUCCAAAAAAUAGAGAUCUGACAACGAAAACAAUUUAACUAUGUGCUUAUCCGCUCUAUCUGUAGCCGUAACGAUAAUAGGGUUAUGAGUCGAUAGAAAAUCUCGUUUGUAGCAUUCCUAUGUCGACACUGUCACGCACAACCGAGUAUCCACACGAAGCCCUAUGGAUAGAACUAUAAACAUACUAUAUAUUUCCUAUCUUUAAUAUUUCGUGCUAUGCGCUUUGGUAUCAAUGUGUCAGAUUUAAUUAUCGGUAUAAGCCGGGCAAAUUUGUGGUACUUAAUAGGACGACCAUCGAUGUGACAUUUUGGCUGUAGCUACUUGCUGGUACUGCAUUACGGAGAUCAUGCGCAACUAGAGUUGCCACAUCUCGAUAUAUGUAGACAUCUAGAUACAUGUACAUGACGCAGGAAGAGCCGAAAGCAAACAGGAACCCAGUCAAGUACAAAGUCAAAUCCCGAAAUACAAUCAAACAUACGAAAAUAGGAGCAGAAAAAAUUACAUACUGAAAGCGUACACAUAGAAGGAAAAGGUAUGAUGAUGUGGUAACAAUGGUUAGCGUAAGACCACGGCUCGAUCUUGAAGUGACUGAUUUUCUACCUACCUUGCUUUGUCAUUGUUCUUAAAGAGGUACGAGUUUCUGUCGACAGGUGACUGAUUCGAUAUUAUAGAAUUGAGCGGUGACAAACGAAAUGCGCAUGA